GUAAUGUCCAUGCUGUACUACACUCUGAUCAUAGCUUUUUUGAUCGGCACACAGGCAGCUCCAAAGUCAGAGGACAAUGUUCCACUGGAGUAUCCUGCAGAACACUCCCUCCUCAACACCCACCAGAGUAACAGACACCACAUUCCCGAGGCAGCUCCACAGACAUCCCAGGGCCACUCUACUUGGACGAUAAGUAGAAGAGAAGCUAUAAAUAUCACCAUGGACCCUAAGGAUUUUAAGAAGAGGCGAUUCCGGUCUCCUCGGGUGCUGUUCAGCACACAACCUCCCCCAGUGUCAGGGCAAGGACACACCAUGGGAUUUCUCAGCAGUGCAGGUUCUCUCAACAGGACUGCCAGGACCAAGAGGACUGCACAUCCCGUGUUACACCGGGGAGAGUUCUCCGUGUGCGACAGCGUCAGCAUGUGGGUUGGGGACAAGACCACAGCCACCGACAUUAAAGGCAAAGAGGUGACAGUGUUGGGAGAAGUCAACAUUAACAACAAUGUUUUUAAGCAGUACUUUUUCGAGACCAAGUGCAGGGACCCUAAGCCAGUGUCCAGUGGGUGCCGAGGGAUCGAUGCAAAGCACUGGAACUCUUACUGCACCACCACACACACCUUUGUCAAAGCGCUCACCAUGGAGGGCAAACAGGCAGCCUGGAGGUUCAUCCGCAUUGACACUGCCUGUGUGUGUGUGCUCAGCAGGAAGUCAGGGAGACCCUGAGGUGCAUCUAAACCCCCUGAGAACAUCCUCCUACCCCCCUACCUCAGUCUGUAAAUUAUUUUAAGUUAUAAAGGACUGCAUGGUAUAUUUAUAGUUUAUACAGUACAAAAAAAAGGACCUCGUUAUUUAUUAAACUCUUUU